AUGGGCAGCAUCCCUCCCUUCUCCUCCUACAACCCCUACUCAUACGACCCCCACGGCCUCUACAAUCCCGCCCCGAAUGCUGGCUCCUCAGCAUCGCGAGCAUCCAGCUCUUCCCGUCCACCCCACCAGAGAAGGUUCAUUGACAGCGCCAUGGACAGCGAACCUCCUCACCUCAACUCCACUUCCUCCGCUCCUCUACCGCCGCGCUCCUUCGACGACGGCAACUUCGAUAUCCUCGAAUGGCAUCCCGCAUACCAGUCUUGCCAACGUUACUUUCUCGACCACGCGCAGUUUGAGCCCGGCACGCAAGCAUUAUGCGCCUUGAUAAACAUCCGCCUACCGUUCCAAUGGCUGAAUAGCCCUGUGAAUGGCUCUUCGCGAGACCAUUCCCAGCAGCAGCAAGGCCUAAGCUUCAACUUCAAUGCCUUCUCCCGUGCGAGUAGCAGCUACAACAGCCCCGGCCGAAACGGCAACGACCGCAAUACCACCGCAUUCGUCUCUCCACUUCCCUACAUCCGCCGCCUCAUCGUGACCGGCUUUGACAAGCCCGCCAUCCUCCACGGCUUCUUCGGCGACGAAUGGCAGAAAGGCAUCAUGCCCCACGUUGAAUGCGAAAGACGCAACUACCUCUUCGCAGCCAAACACGGCGGCUGGAGAACUUGCAAGAAGCAAUACGACGUGGGCAGCGGAGGUGGGGGAGAUGAGAGCGUACCUUUCAUGAAGCCACUGGAAGAUUCGAAGCAGGAAGAGUUGACCGCGGCAGAGAAGGCAUGGAGUCAGUGGCUUGCGAUGGAGGAUUGGAUGGUUGGGCCGAGAGCGCCAGAAGAGGAUGAUCCCGCUCCUACGGGCGGCGCAAGGACGGGACAUCGAGGUGGCGGUGCAAGUUUGAGGGAUAGUGGUAUGCCGGACGGUGUCUAG